UCUGUUAGUCGAGUUUUUUCAUUGGUUAUGCAAGAAGAAAAGCAGCGUGUGGUUAAUGCUAUCACUAGUAACAACAGUGAGAACCUUGCCUAUGCUGUUGCUGAAUCUAAUGGAUCCAAGUCUAAGAAUGGGAGAAGGGAUAGACCUCUGUGCUCACAUUGUAAUGUUCUUGGUCACACCAAAGAUAAGUGUUUCAAGCUUCACGGUUAUCCACCAGGUUUUAAGAAAGGAAAAGUGUUCACCCCUUCACAACCAAAUGCCAAUGCUGUAAACACAGAGAACAUGGAUGUAGAAACGCCUUUGAACACCAAGCAGUAUCAGCAACUCAUAGCAUAUAUUCAAGGACAGAUGGCCAGACAAUCUAACACAGACCCUACACCAAGUGAUUCAGUUGGACACUCAGCAGGGGAAGGUGACUGGUUCGGGUGAAUACACUCAUGGCCUCUACUUCCUCAAGUCUGCUCAUAAGGAGGAUUCUAUUUCCCUUAAUGUCCAUUCAAAUAAAAGUUCUCUAUCUGAACCUAGCUGUAAUGUUGUUGGAAAUGUUUCUUUCAAUACUUGGCAUGCUAGAUUAGGACAUUUAUCUGAUCAUGUUUUACAUUCUAUGCAUAAAUCUGUUCCAAAUCUAUUCUCCUUUAAUAAAAAUAGUCAUGAAUUCUGUAAAGUUUGUCCCCUUGCAAAAUUUCAUCGUUUACCUUUUAUUGCACACAAUAAUCACACUACAUCACCCUUUGAUCU